ACAAGAAACUUGUUUUUUUUUCCUUUUAAGCUCUCAUAUCAUAAAAAAAUAUAUUAAUUUUAUUGCUACAAUUUGUGUCUAGUAGAAUUUGAAUCUGAGAUUUUGAGGAGAUCAUAUACGUAUAUAAACGUGCAUGUCAUAUGUAAAAUAAUUGUAUUAUUUGUGAUAUGGUUGUUAUGGAGAAGGUAAGUCAAUAUGAACGUGUAUUCAACCGGUUUGAUGAAAAUGGAGACGGCAAGAUAUCACCGGCGGAGCUGCGGCAGUGCGUUGAAGCCAUCGGCGGCGAGAAGCUAUCGACGGAGGAUGCAGAGGCGGCGGUGGCAAAUUUGGAUUCGGAUGGCGAUGGACUAUUGGGAUUUGAUGAUUUUGUGAAGUUUUUGGAGGGAGUAAAAGAGGAAGAUAAGGUGAAUGAUUUGAAAGAGGCUUUUAAGUUGUAUGAUGUGGAUGGAAGUGGUUGUAUAACACCUAGGAGUCUUGAGAAAAUGCUUUGUAAAUUGGGGGAUUCUAGAAGUUUGGAUGAAUGUCAACUUAUGAUUUCUAAGUUUGAUUUAGAUGGGGAUGGGAAAAUUAGUUUUGAGGAGUUUAAGGUUAUGAUGUUGUGAUGUUUGUGUUUGUUCAUAUUCUUUGAAUUGUUAAUUGAUAUUCUGUUUGUUUUAUUUUUUUGGAUUCACCAAGCCUCUUUUCUUAAGGCAUUUUUGUUUCACAUUUGGUUUGAAAGAGAUAACUAUUAGAAA